ACACUAAAUGGUUAUAACUAUAAGAAAUCAAAUAUUAUAUCUGGUUUCGAAGAAAAGGCCAUUGGUUGUAGUACUUCAGAUAGUCCAAUUUUUGGAACCACCAAUUUGAAUAUUCAAAGUGGUUCAAAAUCUUCCGAAUCAGGCAACCAACUCGGAGCACAAAAAAGCUCGAUCUUGUGGGGUGCCGGUUCUCACAAGAAAGAGCACCAUGAUAAAAAAGAAUACAAAAAAGCUUGGACUAUUUUUUCUGAAAUUGAUACUAGCAAAUGCUUUUUUUACGAAAAAAAAGAUAAUGAAGGACGUAAACUCUUAUUAGAAUUAAAUAAAAGUAAUACCGAAUACAAAUAUGGUGCAAAAUAUUUGAUUGCAAUUAAUUCACUUAAAGAUAGUAAUCCAGGUUUCAAGAAAGAUGAGAAACUUGAUUAUAAAAACUAUAAGGAAAUUAAUGAUAACUCUUUGAAUGCAAAGGAUUAUUUUAUUUCUAAACCUAAUUUAUGUAUUGAAUUUUCUUGUGAU